UUGAUGGAUUCUCAAUCAUCACCUGUCGCACUUUUAGACCUUCCGUUAGUAACGAGUUGCCGUGCGAGCUUGACGCUUAGAAGUCACUCCUAUAAUAAUAUACGUAUAAAAAAAGACACGCCGUAAGUCGAUCGUACAUACACACCAACAGACAGCUUACGAGCACUCCAUACAGAAGACGGCCGUCAAUGCGCAUUAGGAUAGCGCAAAACCGCAUAGCACAGUCGCACCAAAGCAUAAAAGACAAAAUGGACUCAGGCUAUGUAGCUGUCGGUACUAGUAGUGAUCCGAACUUAUCGCCAGACCCGCCCCGGUCACGAAAAUCAAGGACGGACUCUAUGUGUGCAGAGGAUGGCGUUGUCAAAUUCGAAGCCACGUAUCUCGGAACAGGAUUGGUUCCAAAGAACAGCAUAAAUACCCGAGUCGUCUUCCGAAAAGUGGACGCGGUACUAGACAGCCGGAAAGAACCGUCAGACAUAGUGCUCGCAAUCGCCGAUAUACAGCUCUCUAUGCUUUGCGAGGCCAGGGAUAUAAUAAUGCCAUGUAGGCGAAUUAAGGGGUGUCUCACGCAGAGACACAAAGGGGCGUUACUCCUGUGUAUGCUUGAGGAAGUGCGACAAGGGCAGUUUUUCUGUCACGUUAUAGAGUUUAGGGAUCCGCGAGAGGGCCAGAGAGCACAUGCUCUGGUGUCGGAUCGCAUUGCGGGCAACAAGCUCUUAUUAUGAUGAAAUUUUGAUAAGGAGUCUCUCCAGGAAUGUCCCCCGUGGCAACUGCCGGUGAUUUAGCCGGGUAUCGACUAGCAGUACCCGCCCGAAGCACUUGUCAAACGAAUAAAUAAAUUGAAUAAUUAUG